AUGAAAAAUGAGAUUUUAAGCCGAUUGGCUGACUUGAAUAUUGAUACUGCUUUGGCACCUUAUCCAUUUCCUGCACAUUUGCAUGAUACUUAUGAAUUUUUAUACCUAGGAUUUGCUUAUGUUUGGUUCUUUAAUUUGCUUAAUUGCCUGCAGGAAGCGUGCCUGUUGGUUAUAUGAGUAAACUUAUGAAAAAUAGUAAGGGAUUGCCUAUUAACGCUCAAGUAA